AUGCACUGCCGUGACAGGAACAUGUUGCAAGAACAAGAAGCAAGCAAGAGAGAGCGCCGCAGCUGCGCAGAGAGGGUCCCUGGAGUGUCCGCCGCGGGAGCUGCCCGUUACCGCAUCGGCUUCCUCGGUCAGGCUGUCACGGUGCCCUGGGUGUUCCUGCGGCCGUCCCCCGCCGCAGAGGCCCUUCACCGCAUCUCCGCCGCCACGUCCCGCGCGCCGCCCGCCCCUCGCUUGGCUUCUGCAGUGGCCACCCACACCGUGAGCUGCUUCGCCGGUGACUCUGCCUCUGAGUCCCGGGACCUUGGCCCCAUGAAGGGCCCCGCGUGCCAUCGAGCAGACGAGGCGCCCCCACCCCGGAUCACAGCGCCUGGGCUGCGGACCGCCGGGCCAGGACGCCAGACCCCAGUUCCUGGGGGCACCCAAACUGGCUUCUCCCUACCCACGGUGCAGAGCACGAGCCCCAAAAAGUGCCUGCACCCUCCAGCCCAAGCUGAGGCGGGUCGGCAGGUCAGCAGCAGGGCCUGCGAGUGUCGGUGCCGUGAGGUGGACAGCCGCUCUGGGAGUGGACAGCAGGCAGGGCUCUGUGCACGCCGCUGGCCCGUGACGGCAGCGGGGCUCCCCAAGCCCCCGGCUGGCCACGCCGUGCUCUGUGACGACAGAGUGAGCAGUGGCCACGCAGACAUUGCCCUGCAGCAGAGACCCCGGGGUGCACCCCCGGGGCAGGGGUGCGCUGGCUGCUCUGGAGCCCUGGCUGACCUGUGGCUCCUCCCUCCAGGGCACCUGGACGACGAUGGACUGCCCCACGGGCUCUGCACCGUCACCUACUCCUCCACGGACAGAUUUGAGGGCAACUUUGUGCACGGAGAAAAGAACGGGCGGGGGAAGUUCUUCUUCUUUGAUGGCAGCACCCUGGAGGGGUUCUACGUGGACGACGCCCUGCAGGGCCAGGGCGUGUACACCUACGAGGACGGCGGGGUGCUGCAGGGCACCUACGUGGACGGAGAGCUGAACGGCCCGGCGCAGGAGUUCGACCCGGACGGCCGCGUGAUCUUCAAGGGCCAGUACAAGGACAACAUCCGGCACGGCGUGUGCUGGACCUACUUCCCGGACGGCGGCAGCCUGGUGGGCGACGUGAAUGAAGAUGGGGAGAUGACCGGGGAGAAGAUCGCCUACGUGUACCCCGACGAGAGGACGGCGCUCUACGGAAAGUUCAUCGACGGGGAGAUGAUAGAAGGGAAGCUGGCCACGCUGACGUCCUCCGAAGAAGGGAGGCCCCGUUUCGAGCUGGUGCCUGCAGGUCCGGUGUUCCACUUUGAUAAGUCCACGUCUUCUUGCAUUGCUACCAACGCUCUUCUUCCAGAUCCUUAUGAAGCAGAGAGGGUUUAUGUUGCUGAAUCUCUCAUUUCCAGCGCCGGAGAAGGGCUGUUUUCAAAGGUGGCGGCGGGACCUAACACUGUCAUGUCUUUUUAUAAUGGAGUCCGAAUCACGCACCAGGAGGUGGACAGCAGGGACUGGGCGCUGAACGGGAACACCCUGUCCCUGGACGAGGAGACGGUCAUCGACGUCCCUGAGCCCUACAGACACCUCUCCAAGUACUGUGCCUCCUUGGGCCACAAGGCGAAUCACUCCUUCACCCCAAACUGCAUCUACGACAUGUUCGUGCACCCCCGCUUCGGGCCCAUCAAGUGCAUCCGCACACUCCGAGCGGUGGAGGCCGAGGAGGAGCUGACCGUGGCCUACGGAUACGACCACAGCCCCCCCGGGAAGAGCGGGCCCGAGGCCCCCGAGUGGUACCAGGUGGAGCUGAAGGCCUUCCAGGCCGCCCAGCAGAAGUGAGGCCCGGCCCGUCCGGACCCGCAUCAGAAACCCGAUCUAUGCACUCGGCUCCCGACCGCGGGCCGCCGGAGCCCCGCGCGCGUCUCGCCGUCUCACUCCGCGUUAGAAGACUCUUCGCAUCCUAACUAGGUCUGACUGUUCUGCUCACCCCAGAUUUAAAAUUAGCUAGCCUUGCGACCGCCUUCUGCUGCGAGGUACUGUCGGGAGUUGACAUAAGCCAGCUUGAUGCUCUGGGUGGUUAAGUCUAAAUCUGAACCCCAUUCAGAGAUGCCAAAUGAUCAGACUGAGGGGGGGGGCUUUUCGGUCAUUUUUUUAGUGGGUGGUUUUUCCAUGAUUUCUUUUUCCUAGGGCCGAUGCAAAUGGCAUUGUUCUCACACUUGCAUAGGCACUGUGCGGAGAGUAGAGAAUUAUCUGAGUCUAUUCUCUUAACUGUAGUCUAAUUUGCCUUCCAACCUUUGAUCUGUAUCUUGCAAUAGAAUGGCUUUGUUUUUUCCCCUCGUGGACAGAACCCACUUCUGAGUCAUCUCACCCCUCCUCUCCUGUCCUCUCGCUUAGAUCCUUCACCAGAGAAAACUUCCCAGUGGAUUUUGCAUCCCUGCAGGCCGAGCGCUAGUGUCUCUGGCUCUUUCUAUAUCAGCAUUUCAUUAUCAUGUCCUACUAUAAGGAACUGGCUGCUAGGGCCAGGAUAUUAUUAUAGAAUUAUUAUUCUCGCAUGUAAACAAAGAUAUCUUUGCUUUAAGAUGUGAGAAGAAAUGAAUUUAAUUUGUUUGCAUUAAGUUAUGGAAGAGUUGUGACAGAUACAAUAGAUACAACAGGCGAAAGGAGGGAAAUGACUGUUUCUAAAGCAGGAACUGUGGCAAUUUUGUAGUAUCUUUAAUCGCACUCAUAAUUUUUUCUCCUGGGGUGUACAUUAAAUGUACGUACCACAGAGUGGUUGGGCUUGGGGCGCAGGGCAUUGAAUUCAAAAUUAAGUAGCAAACUUGAGUUCUAACACAGAAUUCAAAAGUUGUGAUUUUUUUCUUUUAAUCGCUACUGUUAGGAGAGACACGCUAAGCACUGGGCACACGUCAAACCUGAAAGCUAAACCUCUUUGUAAGUUCAGAGCAAUUGCCAGCUUCGGAGCACCAUGAAUCACGAGCUAGCCCCUGUACAGUUUAAGGCAACUAUCCAUAGCAUUCCAGCUUUUUGCAAGCCGUGUGUGAUCACAACUGCAGAGAUAGAGUAAAAGCCUGGUGUUUAGUUUAGCUGAUUAGGCGUCUGAUUAGCUGAUUAGGUCUCUGGGAUGGCUCUGAGUGGACUCUGGGGGUCUGGGGGUUUCGUAUGCUUCCUCUCCACAUGCCAAAGCCGGGUCCUCUCCAGAUGCUCCAGUGGCGGCUGAAGGUCGGGAUGGGCCGCUGCUCCGAGCGACUCCUGUCUCCCGUUAGCCUGGACCUGAACGCGCCCUGGCGGCAGGGCCUUGGCAGGGACAGCUGGCGGCGCCGCCGGGAAGAGAGGCAGGCAGAAGCAGCCCAGAGUGGCCGCUCUCCGCCGGGGCACCCCGCUCUGAGGAGGACGCUGGCAGAAGCGUCUGACCCUGGGCUGCUUCCAGGUCUCGGUUCAGGCCCCCCCCCAGCACCCAGCCCCAGGGGAGUGGCAGAGCACCCACCGGGCCAGACAGACUCCUGGGGACACAGCAGGUGGCUGCGACUCAGGACCCCCCAGGAAGCUCAGGACCCCCCAGGAAGCUCCCCGGAGGGAGUUGCAGCGAGUUCUUGGGUCGAAAGACGCCAGGAUCGGGUCGCUUCCAUUCUGCAGACCCACACCCUCUGCAAGCAGGCUGGGGACUCGCGUCGCGGGAGGGGCUGCCGUCCCCGCCCCGGUGAGCAGUGGGUGCGGGGGACAGUUUGCCGCAGGUGCAGCCGGGCUCAGAACCAUGCCUGUGCUGAGGAGGUCGUUCUGGGGGGCUGCGGCCAGGCGAGGCUGUCGGGAGGGGCUCCUCUGAGCAGCCCGUUCGAACGGAGCGUUUCCUUCUGUUUUUGAUAAGAGGAACUGAAGGGUGGUAAGACGUGAUUAACCCACAAAUCCAUCUCCCGCCGUAGACACUGAACGCUAACACGGAAUUGAAACCCCAGCAGAGCGCCUGUGACCUUCAGGUCCGCCCAAGGACACAGCACCCUGAGCUGGGUCUCGUCUUUCCUCCUCCCUGGUCUGCCGCCCCAUCUCUGUCCUCUUCCUGCACCUCUUGACAGUGCCCAGCAGGUGACCUCCCCCCACGGCCCAGGGCCCCUCCUCUCCCGAGGCCCCUCUCUGGCCGGGGAGGGUGCGUGCGUGCGUGCGUGCGUGUGCGUGUGUGUGUGCAUGCCCGCACGCACCCUCUGCACCUAUCACCACAACUCUGUGUGGCUGUUGCUCAUUCUCCCCUCCCGCCCCAGCACACACACGCACACACACACACACACAGCUUUGUUCAGGGUCCAGCGGGAGCCUGGGAGUAGCUGAUCUGUAGACGCCCCGUAGAGUCUGGGGGUUGAGGUUCCACAAGGAACGAAGGGGGGACGGGGGAGGAAGGGAAGAAGAAGGAACAGAGGGAAGGACAGCACGGAGGGAGGGAGGUGGCUUCCUUGUUUGAGCCGGAGGAGCAGGAGAACCGGUGGAGGCUUCUCUGCAUCUGCGCCCCCUGGGGGAGCUGUGGAAACAGUGGGACAGGGUCACUUCAUCAGCAUCAUAAUCACAGGAGAAAGGCGGAGCUUACUGUGGAGAAGAAGGAAACCCCAGAGCACGCACCUGAGCGGUGGCGUGCAGACCCGAGCCUGACCCAGAGCCAGCGGCCGCGGGCCCAGAUGCUGCCCUGGAACCAGACACCCCUGUGUUAGCCUCAGGAUGGGAACUAGGCCGCGGAGGGGAGUCCCAGUGCACACCCACGGGUGACCGAGGCCAGCGUGAGACUGACUUUCUGGCAGAGUCAUGGCCAAGGCAGGGGCGCGUCUGUCUUCCAGCUCCGCCCCUGCUCAUCCCCCGACCUGAGAGACCAAGAAGGACAUUGGUUCUCAGGCCUCUUUGAGCCUGUCUGGGGCCGGAGGGCCACUUCCCCGGCCCGCUCAGCGGUUUCUCUGUCACCAACGCCAGGGCCGUGUGAGGAGGGCGGCUGGCGCGGCCUCGGUGGCUUCCUCAGCGGCUGUUGCUGCACUUUGUGAUUUCCCUUUCCUGUCACGCUUCCAGUCACUCCGCCAAGUAGACUUAGGAUCUUCCAGGAAGGUGCCCCUUCUGCGGGCUCUAUUUUGAAACGGUUGCCUGAGUUUCUGUCCUAGGAGUAGCGAUUUCCGAAUCCAGACAUCUUUUGUUUUAGAAAAACAAGCAAAACUGUGUCGUGAGACCGAUCCUCGUCAUGUUUCGUUGCCACAGAUCAAAGGUUCACAAACGAUGAGUUUGCAUCUCCUCAAGGUCCCUGGAUGGGUUGUUUUUUCUUUGCCCUUUCCCUGGAGAAAUUGGAGGCCUCUUUGGGAGGCCACUUUUUCCCUCUUAUUUUACAAAUUCUAAAUGGUAAUUGUUUUUAUUUUGCCAAAUGUGUACAUGCCUAUUCAAAGCAAUGAAACUAUUUCAAGCCAUACAGCCACCAGGGUCGAAACCCUCUUCACAAAUUUUAAUGUGUUUGUAUGUAAAUAGAUGUUUGUAUGAACUAUUUUCAGGGUAGAAUGACUAUAUUUAAAUGAAGCUGAAUUCUUCCAGUGCUCUUUCAACCGAUCACAAAAUUUUUGGUGAGAAUUCUGAGUCUACUGAGAUACAAAUCGAUUCUGAUUUUUAAAAAUCGAAAGCCUACAGGCACCUCGCCGCGGCCCCCUCGGGGUUGCUCCCCUGGGCCGCGGGGGUCUGUGGGCUUCCCCAGUGCCUCAGCCGCUUCCUGGUGUAAGUCAGGUGCUGUGGAGGGGUGUCCACCUUUUCGUGACGUCACUCGGGGCCUUGGGGGGCCUGGUGCAGUUAUUUGGAGCACAAUUCUCUGCGGGGCAGCAGAAUCCGAAGCCAGACGUGGCCACGUGAACCGGGCAACCGGGUUUUGGGGCCCCCUCCACUGCCAC